AAAGGGAAAGCUGAAAAACGGUAUUUGCGUGUCAAUCAUUUCGAGAAAUACUCGUGGUUAGAAUAUUCAAAUAUAAAACAUGGUUUGUUUUGUAAAACUUGUGUAUUGUUUCUGACUUCAAGUCUUGGUGGAAUGCAUAAGACACAACCAUUAAAAACCUUAGUAACUGAGCCCCUAAAAAAAUAUGCGAAAUUGCUAGGUAAAGAUGGAGCUUUGGAUGUACACAAUAAUACUAUUUAUCAUAAGAAUGCUGCACAACAAGCAAUUGAUUUUCUAACCACAUACUCUGAACCGUCUAAAGAAAUAAUAAAUAUAUUACAUUCAAAAAGAAAUGAAGAAAUACAAGAAAACAGGGCUCGAUUACGGCCAAUUAUUGAUAGUAUUGUAUUUUUGGGGCGACAAAACAUACCUCUUCGUGGUCAUCGAGACGAUGGUAGAGAAAUGUUUGGGGGACAAAAUGAAUCAGUGAUAAAUUGUGGUAAUUUUAAAGAAAUAUUAAAAUUUAGAGUUGAUUCUGGUGAUCAUUUGCUUGAGAAUCAUUUAAGAACAUCUCAUUCCAAUGCAACAUAUAUCAGUAAUGUCAUUCAAAAUGAGAUCAUUGAAUGUUGUCGACAAGAAAUUUUACAUGUUAUUAUGUUGGAAGCAAAUGAAGCCAAAUAUUAUAGUGUUAUAUUUGAUGAAACUACAGAUAUAUCUAAUGCUUCACAAAUCACUUUAAAUAUCCGUUACGUUUUCAAAGAUCAAGUUCUGGAAAGAUUUAUAGGUUUUAUAGAUUGCCAUAAAUAUAUAUUUGACAAAGAAAAGGGACAUUUGUCAGAUAUUAAUGAGGAAGAUGAAAGUGUUGAGCACUCUGAGCCAAAAAUUACAGGAGAACUAUUAGGAGAAACUGUUGUAAAUAUAUUAAAAGAUUUUGGAUUCAAUUUAGAUACAUGUGUUGGUAUUGGCACUGAUGGAUGCUCAGUCAUGGUAUCCACAGCUCGAGGUGCAGUACAACAAAUUCAAAAAUAUGCAAAAAAUGCCAUUCACUGCCCAUGCUCAAAUCAUGCUCUAAAUUUGAGUAUUUCAAAGUCAUCCACGGUGCAAUAUGUUCGUAACUGUAUAGGAGUUAUUAAAGAAGUAAUUUCAUUUUUUCAUGUCUCUCCUAAGCGUAAUUUCGUACUUAAAAAUAAUUUGUCACAUCGAACCACUCUUUCUGGGUUGUGUGAAACCCGUUGGAUAGAAAGACAUGACAGUGUUCUACAAUUCAAAAAUUCCUUAUUAGAGAUAGUAGAUGCACUAAAUGAAAUUUCACAAUGGGAAGACAAUAUCUCUUCAACAAAAUACAACAUUUUAGUAUCUGCCAUUUGUAACUGUGAUUUUAUUUUAACAAUAUUUGUAUUAUCCAGUACAUUAAGUGUAACAUUUCCUAUCAGCAAAUUACUCCAAGGAAAAGAUGAAGAUAUUUUCACAGCAUCUAAAUAUAUCAAGGACAUAAUUUCUACUCUUAAAAAAUAUAGAAGUAACUGUGAUGAGGAAUUUAAUUCAAUAUUUAGAGAAAGUGAAAAUAUAUUAAAAACACUUAAUGUUGAAGUAAAGCUACCAAGACUUUAUGGACGUCAGAAAUAUAGAAGCAACAUAACAAAUAUAGAUAAACCAGAAGAUUACUAUCGUAUUAAUUUAUACAUUCCACUACUAGACAGUAUUUUAGAAGACUUAAAUUCCCGUUUUAUCAAUAAAGAAAAUAAAAAUCUCUUAGCAUUAAUGCAAUUGGUACCAAGUAAUAUAGUACAAGUAAAAGAUGACAAAGCACUUAAGCCCGCAAUAGAAUACAUGUCUGCAAUCAUCAAUGAGCAAACCUUAUUUAAACAUUUACCGAUGGAUAACAUUCAAUCCGAACUUAACAUUUGGUAUUCAAUGUGGUGCAGGCACAAAUUAGAAGGUACUAUAGAUAUUUCCUAAUUUUUUCUAUUUGUUGGCUUUAUUAUUACUAUUAACUGAAAAAUAUUUUGUGAAAACCUAUUUUGAUUUUGCUUUCAGGUAAAGAUAUACAUAAAAAUGUUUUGGAAUCUCUAUCUGAAUGUGAUAAGACAGU